AUGAAGUUUAAGUUAAUCUUUCUUAUUGCUAUCAUAGGAGCUUCUUUACCUACAUAUGAUUUUGCAACGUGUCGUUAUUUUAUCAGUGAAUUUGGAUAUUCUUGUGAUAUACAAAAUGGAGUGCAUUCUACUGCAGAUCCUUUAACGUUUGAAAAUGAUGUUCAUCUGUCAGGAUUCGAUGAUGUUUUUGUAGGAUUUGUCAAUGCAACAUUUGCAAGAUUUGAUACUAUCCCACCAGCUAUCAGCGAGAAGUUUCCAAAUAUAAAAAAUCUUGAUUUAAGAGCCAGUGAAAUAUCUGGAACACCUGCUGCGUUAGAAAAUUGCGAUAAUUUGGAAACCUUACAACUCGAUGGAAAUGCAAUUGCAACGAUAGCAGCGAAUACUUUUGAAGCUUGUACUAAUCUGAAAAAUCUUCAUUUGAAUGCGAAUCAAAUAACGGCUGUAGCAUUUCCUGAUAUAAAUUUAAUUGAAAUCUUAUUAUUAGCUCGAAAUAAUUUAGCUUUGACUGCGACUUCCUUUGAAAACCUUGUUAACUUACGAGUUCUUGAUAUAAGCGGUAAUGGAAUUGCCACCCUUCCAGCGGAUCUUCUAGUAGCUCUCGUUGCACUUGAAGAAUUAAAUUUGUCUGGAAACAACAUUGCGGUGAUUCCACAAACAUUCUUCACUGAAAAAGAGGCAUUGAAAUCACUUGCCAUGGAUAACAAUGUUAUUGCGGAUAUCGAUAUUUCCGAAACAAUAGAUGACGUAGAAGUCAUUUCAUCAACAUUGUCAGCAUUAAUAAAUCUUGAAAAUUUGGAAAUGAGAUACAAUCGUUUAACAAGUUUAUCAGCAAUAGCCUUUGAAAGUCUUACAAUGCUAACCACAUUGGAACUUGAUUUCAAUAACAUUACUAUCAUUGAUGCUGAUGCUUUUAAAAGUCAACAAAAUCUGGCGAGACUUAACUUGUUCAAUAAUGAAUUAGUGACGAUUCCUGUAAACACAUUCAGAAAUUUCGAUCACAUUAUGGAGUUGAAUUUGGGAAACAACAGAAUCACCGAACUCGAUCCUUCAAUUUUUAAAUUCAAUGAAAAUCUUGAAGUUUUAAUUCUGAGUGAAAAUAUUUUAACAUCGUUGGAUCCGAAUGUGUUGAAGCCAUUGACAAACCUCACGCAUCUUGACUUGACUUCAAAUCAAAUCAGUGAAAUUCAUCCCGACACUUUCAAGUUUAAUGAUAAUUUAUUGGCAUUAAUUAUGUUUGAUAAUCAGGUCGCAACCAUUGAUGAAAUUAUGUUCGAAUCAACUGGAAAUUUGCACACUCUCUAUAUGAGUAACAACAGAGUUAAUUACAUAUCUCCAAAGAUAUUUGAAUCUUUACCAAAUUUAAUUAUUUUGGAUUUAACGGGAAAUCUUUGCAUCAAUUCAAUGUUCUCUGGAAACAACAUUUCAAGUGAUUUGGAACCAUUUGCCGAUUGUUUCAAUAAUUAUCAAAUCAUAUUCACACCAGCAACAACUGAGGAAACAACAACUGAAGAAAUGACAACUGAAGACAUUGAAGACACAACACUAGGAUCGUCUUCAAUUUAUGCAUCCAGUGUGUUAACACUUUUAAUGUUAAUUGCUAUUUUCAUUACCAAAAUGUCAUAA